AUGUUCUGCUGUGCAACAUCUGAAAUGACAACCAAGAAGAGGAGCAGCGCUGAGAUCUAUGAUCGCGCUGAGGAGGAAAUAGAGUCAAGCAAGACUCUGAAGAAGGCACGUCUGGAAGAUAGCGCUAAGGAGGUAGCACAGUGCUCUGCAGAGAAGUCAUACAUGGCUUCAAUGAAGCGGAGCAGGGAGGAGAUAUACUAUAGCGCUAAUGAGGAAAUAGAGUCAGGCAAGACUCUGAAGAAGGCACGUCUGGAUGAUCGUGCCAAGAAGGUAGCACAUAGCUCUGCAGAGGAGUCAGGCAUGGCUUCAAUGAAGCGGAGCAGGGAGGAGAUAUAUUAUAGCACUAAGGAGGACUUAGCAGAGUCAAGCAAGACUCUGAAGAAGGCACGCAUAAAUCCUAGCACUAAGGAGGUAGCACAGGGCUCUACAGGGGAGUCAUGCAAGGCUACAAGGAAGCGGAGCUGGGAGGAGAUAUAUUAUAGUGCUAAGGAGAUAGAAAAUAGCUAUGCAGAGAAUGAACUGAAAAAGCAAAAAACAGAUGCAGCAGGAGUUGGUGGAACAACAAACAUCCCUACCACAGGACGCAUAGAGGCCCCUCUGGGCCCGGAGAGCUUCAUCUAUCAUAGAAUUCUUGGACAAGGAGGCUGUGGAAAGGUUUUACUGGCGACCCAUCGUGACAGCGGCAAACUGGUGGCCAUAAAGAUGGUCAUCAAGGACUCUCUAGUUAACUAUGACCCACACUUCAUCCACGUAGAGCGUCAGGUCCUGGAGAUAGCCGAGGGCAGCCCUUUCUGCGCUCACGCUUAUGCCACAUUCCAAACAGAGGAUUAUAUGUACUACGUUAUGGAAUAUCUGAGCGGAGGAGACCUCUUCUACACAACCAUAGAUCCAUGUGACCUCACCACCAUCAGACACCUGGCAGCGGAGCUCCUGUGCGGUUUGGAUUUCUUGCACUCCAACGGCGUAGCUCACAGGGAUCUCAAGCCUGAGAACAUAUUUAUCGAUGGCACCGGACAUGUGAGGAUCGGAGACUUCGGCUUAGCAGCAACCAACAUGUUCGGAUCUAAGACGUUGACAGGAAGAACCGGAACACAGUCUUACUGGGCCCCAGAGGUGGUGCGUUGUCAGCCAUACGACACGAGCGCCGAUUAUUUCUCGCUGGGGACUUUACUAUGUAAGACGGUCUUCGGAGUUAAUCCUUUCCACGGAGAAUCGAUGAAAGAAAUUAUGAGAAACAUAUGCUGCAAAAUACCAAGACUCCAGCGCGGCAUCGACCCUGUUCUCGCAGACUUUCUAUGCAAGCUCCUGCGCAAAGACCAGAAUAUGCGAAAAGAAGCCGUGGCCAACAUUCGGCAACACCCAUUUUUCAAUGGCGUAAAUUGGGAGGAAGUGGAGGCACGGAAGACACCCCCACCCUUUGCAAACCAAUUGAGCCCCAUGGAAAUGACAGCAUCGGUAAUCGAGCUGGAAGACCUUGUAAAGCAUCAACAGCCGAUUUCAGACACAAAACAGAAAUUGUUCAAUGGCUUUUCGUUUGUAAGUGACGCAUGGAGAGCCAUGCAGUAG